AUGAGGAUGUGUUCAGAUCAGGGAUUUAGUAUUUCCAAGAAGGAGAUAUCCUCUGAAUUUAAUAGAAUUGUAAAACAAAGGAAUAUGGAUCAACUUGGGAAAUCGGAAACAUCCAAAAAGAGAUACCAAAGCCAUGCUUUAAACAAAGUGAGUGUUGUUGUACAGCCAUACACUGAGAGCAGUCUGAUUGUAAAAUGGACUUUAAGUUGUGAAGCUCAGAAAAAAGUAAUUAAUAGCUAUAUUGUGUACUACUGUAAGUCAACACCAAAUCACAUUUGUCUCGAAUCUCAUAAAUCAGUGAAAGUAAACAAUCCUUAUGCUGAAGAAAUGAUCCUAAGUGGUGGUCUACAGCCAUUCACAACUUACUCUAUCAAAGUUCAAACAGAAACUUUGUAUGGCUUCUUAAGUGAAUUCAGUUAUACAGAACUUGCUACUACCAAAAUGGGAACACCAACUAAACCUUUAAAUCUUAAAGGGACAACAAAUUCCACAGCUAUAAGUCUCGAGUGGGAAAGACCAGAACGACCAAAUGGCAUCUUAGACCAUUACAUUGUAUGGUUUAAUGAACAUACCAAAAAGGUUGAUCACUGUAUGGAAAGUCAAUACUGUUCUAUUGUUCUAGAUGAAAAUAUAAAGAGUUUUACCAAUUAUUCAGUUAGUGUCCAGGCUUGUAAUAAAAACUCGUGUUCCAAGAAGUCCAGCAUCUUCUAUGCUAUGGUUGGAAUAAGAGCACCUGGAGUAAUGACUGAACCAGUAAUAGAAAUUUUGAACACAUCAGCUGUGCGUUUGCAUUGGGUCCCUCCAGAUGAACCUAAUGGUCCAAUUGAUCUGUAUAUGUUACAUGUUAACACAGGAAAUACCACAGAUAUUGGAAAGAAAGUGUAUAGUAUCUCAAAUAUUUCUGGUUCUGAGACUUUUACCUACUUUUGGCCAGAUUGUGCAGAAUCUGACAGUAGUAAAGUAUUUUCUUUCAAAAUUCAAGCAGUCAACAUUAAAAACCAGAGCCUACUUAAGAGCCCCCUCAGCAAUCAAACAGAAACCCGACUGUGUGGACCAGAAGGGCCUGAAGCAAUAUUGGUAAUUGGUAUAGUAGGUGGUAGCUGUCUUGGCCUUAUUAUGUUGGUGUUUGUUUUAUACGCUUUAGUGAGAUGGAUGAAGAAGAAGGUUGACUGGAUGAACAAGAUAAAGGUCCAAUUACCUAGUGGACUGGAUGCACCACACUCGCAUACAUUUAGUGACUGUCAGAAGUUUAAAAAAGGCCUGAUUAGAAAUGAUAGUUAUCCUAAUAAGAGUCCUACGUUUGACCAUCUCAGUUCAUUUUCUGAUAUAGCUGGUUUUACAGAGAGACAAGGGUCACUCAAUUCACACUGUAGCAGUUCUUCGACUGAUGAGCUUCUACAGAAGAAGUCAAGGCUCUGUGACACACACAGAAAAAAACACAAAAACAGGACCGACUUGACUUUGCAAGAUGAUCAUGAGAGUAUUAACCACACUCAUCUCUCAACGGAUUCUGGAACAGAAAUUGAUAUCCUGCCACCCAUGUCUCUUGGAGGAGAUCAUUCUGAAGGAACUGAUCAGAUGCUCUUGUCUUGUUCUCAACCGAGUCUCCCCGAUUUGGGAGAAAUUGAGGAUGCUGAUAGUAGGGAUUCAGGUUUGGAUCAUGAUCAUGUGGAUGAUAAAAGAAAGGGGUUCCAUCACUCACACAGUGAUGUUCAGCAUCCCUACAGCAGAUUCAGUCAAGAUACUGAGUACAUUUCAUUUCAAGAUCAAAACAGUAAUUUAACUUCAAGCCAUCAUCUUGCCAUUAGUGAGCCUUCUGUUCAUGGUGAGGAAGAAGAACUAGUUCAAAUUAUCCCUUAUUACUCAAGGUUUGAUUUAGCUAAGAGUGUUGGAAGUAUAAUUGAAGAGAACAGAAACCCACCAUUUAUCCUGGAUGAACAUCAGCCAGGAGCAGUAAGCUACUCUAAAUUUGGUGUAAUGCACCCUAUGAAUCAAGGCAGAGAAAGAAACCAAACAGCUAAUUUAAUUUCAGAUUAUUCUAGAUCUUUCCCUGUUUCCCAAAGAAAACCCUUGAGCUAUACAAGAAGUCCAAACCAACCUGUAUCUAAAGGCUAUGUUAGCAUGAACCAGGCUAAAAACUUCACAGUUCCAAAUGUUAUGGAACAACCUAAUAAGUCAGGUUUGUAUUUAAAGCUUGGAGUUGACCCAGAAGUUACAGAAUCUUUUCCUGCUUCAUCUGGUUAUGUUUGUGUACAGAAUAAUUUCAACUCACAAUCUCUACCAGAAAUAGACAAAAGUACCAGAUUUGGAUUGGAUGUGGUACUUGAAUUUGAUGAUAAGUCUCCAAAUCUAAAGACACCAGGGAAUGAUGAAAGUUUGCUCAAGCAAAGCACAGAUUGUCUUGACUGUGGAACAUCAGAAUCAUUCCCAUCAAAGAAUAAUAAUUGUGAUGAUAUAAAGUCACCUACUCCACUCUUGGAUGAAGCUAAUCUCAGUAGCAAAAAUAACAUUGAUCGACUAAAUGGUAUCUUUCCAGCUAAAGGAUAUAUACAGUGUAAUAUUCCUCAGUACAGUGGAGUAAAUGAACAUGUUGAAGAGUUGGAUUCAGGGACUCCAGAGUGGAUGAGAACACUUAAUGAACCAACUAAUACAGUUGGAGCUUCUAAUGUUCUGGAGAAAAACUCUGGCUAUGUUCCACACUUCCAUCCUAAUCAUUUAUCAAGUGAUGUGAUUCCCAAGAACUUCUCUGAUAAUUCCAGGAAUGGUGGAUAUGUACCUUGGGGUGAUUCUGUUCAAAAUAAGAAUAAGCAAGAGGAGAAAGAUAACAAUACAGAAUUAGUGGUUGGUGUGAAUGAAUCAAAAGAGACAACUACAUUUGGUGAUUUAGUGAUUUAAAAACAAUAUUUGAACUAAAAUAAUUUGAACAUUUUGUGAGCAUUUCUCGUACUUGAAUGCUUUAUUGUAUGAAAUAUUUGCAACAACUGCAUGGUUGUUGAAGUUGAAACCCUACAAACUGCCAGGAACCACAAAGAGUAAUAUUAAUGAUUGGUACAAACAGUUGAUGUAAUUAAGGAGUAAGAUAAAUUGUUCUCCAAGAUAUUGUGCUUUACUAGUAUGUUUCAACACUUCUAACUCUUAAGAUUUUGUAGAAAGGCAGAUUAAUGGCAACUUGUAGGUUGAGCAGAGAUAUAAUGUGUUUAAGCAUAAGGUAUUUUUAUAUGUGAAUGGUAUCUAAAACAUGGUUUCAAAAUAUUUUGUUAGAAUUAUACCUGUGAGAAAGUAUUAUUUUGUAAACGUGCGAGAAGUCUUACAUUAAUAUAAAGUUGAUGAAUUGAUUAUUGCUGAAGUUUUUUUGAAUCAUCAAAGCACUUGCUAUACAUAGUAACUGAUAAGUAAAACCCAUCUAGCACUCACUAUCUCUUGUCCAAGCUAUUUCUUACUUCAUUUGUCUUUGAAAUAUUAUAAUUAGUAAAUAUAUUUAUGCUUUGAAAUUGCAUGUUUGUAACAUAAUCUUGUAGAGAUAGUGCCAAAGUGGCUACUCACCACCACAGAUCAAAGAAGUAUGUGCCUAAUUUUAAAAUCCUGAGUUACCAGUAAAUUACACACUUCAGUGUUUAUUGAACAUUUUAACUUAUUUCUUCACAGAAGAGGUUAGCAAGAUGAUUCUUUAAUCAAAUGUCCAAUGGAUUGAUCCCAUAUUGGAGAAGGAAUGUUGAAUAUAAUACCAAUUUUUACUAUGUAUAUAUACAAUGAAAUAUACAAGUCUGUUGUACACAAAAAACCAGAUGUGUUACAAAAAUGUUUGUACUUAAGAUAUGUCUGUGAAUUGAUGACAUCAGUCUGGCUCAGACUCUGACAAAUCAGAGUGCAAGGUGAUGUUCACGAAGAAUAAAAAUACUUUUGUCUAUUGCACAGUUAACAUAUUUUAUUUGCACAGCCUCUAGAACCUCCAAAAUGCAUAUGUACUUUUUGUUUUAAGUAUCCCUAUAUAUCCUUUCUGGUACUUACUCUCAUCUACCAUGAACUAUCACCUAAUCAGCAAUGUAGGGAAAAUAAAUAGUUGAUAACUUUAACAUCAGAUACUGAAUACCAUCUUGAAUGGCACUCUGUAAAAGGUUGUGGCAUGCACACUUUAACUCUCACCCAUGCAUAUAGUUAAACUGCUAAAGUGAAUAAUGGACAUACUGUUAAAGUUAUACAUUUAUUAAUAAAAGAAAGAAUUACCUUUGAAAACACUAGAUGCACAUUAUUUAGUUAUACAUUUCAUUAUUUGCAAAAAAAAAAUUAAAGCUACUUGAAUUCUGCUUUAAGAGAUGCACAGUAGAAAUGAUGUUUCAUUUGAAGAACUAAUGACAAAUGAGAAAAUAACACUGAAUUUUGAUAGUGUUUUCUUUAUUGAAAAUUACAGAAGUGAUUGUUUUAAUCAUAAAGAUUCUGAGGUUAGGAAAAUAAGUGAGGAUGAAAUCUUUGAUUUGAUUUGACCAGCUUUAGCCUGUUGAUUGUUUAUCUUAGGCCCACUGCUCUUGGUGUAGCAAUAACAAAGUGAAUUCUUUUAGUCUGAUGUGUUACUAUAAUUUCACUAUGCAAAAGUUUACUGAUGAUAAUAUAAUGUAACAUUGCGAGUUAAUAGAUAUGUUAUCCAUUUAUUGUAUAAUUGAAGUUACAAAGAUCUGACCAACCACCCAAUGUUUAAACAACUCUUACCAGUUUGCUCAUUGUUUUCCUUAAGUGUAUGUGAAUUCCUCUAAAUAAAGGAAACAUGUUCCUGUACUAAGAAUAUUUGAAUUUUCAACAUUUGUAUUGUGCAAUACAACUAACAGUGAUGAGAUCUCAUUAUAAGAGAACAUUCACUUAUCAUUGUGGGGUUUCUAUGUUGAAUAAUAUAAAUAUAGUAGUAUGUUUUUGUUUUAUUAGCAACUCUAACCAUGGAUAUUUAAUGCAACAAUUUUUUCCUGUGUAAAAUGUGAUAAAUACUUAAAACUGAAUAUUUUUUCACCUGUCCUCAAAUGUGAUAUAGGAGAGUAAUUCUUUGUUUUUCUUUAGUAAAAAACAACUAAAUAGAAUGUAAGGUAUUUUACUCUGAAGUUAUGAUAUUUUGUUAAAAGUAUGUUAUUUCUUGUACUGAUAAGUCAAAACUAGAUCUUUGUGAAUGAAAUAUUUUGUAAUGAAUCUUUUUUGUAUGCCUGUUAAAACUUUUUAUAUAUGUUCAUGAAGUGGUAUUUUUUAAGUGCUCUAUGCAACAUAAAAUUAAAAAAUAUGUUAACUCCAUUUUUAGGUAUAACUUGUUCUAAUAGCAAAUACAAAGACAUUAAGCAGGGUUGACUUGGAAGGAGAAAUAAAUGUUAUUGAAAGUCUGGAAUUUUUCAACCUGUAAUUUCAUAAGUUAUGUCAGGUGAAAGGUUAUUGCUAAAGUUUGUUUCUUUACACAGCUACGCCAGUGUUAGCUGUAUUAAGUGUUUGUAUAGAGGUCUUAAGUUUAUUUUGAAAAGUUGACAUCACAUUUUCUUCCUUACUUGAUCCUGGUACACUUCACCAACUAAUUUGACAGUUGUUCGAAGUAUAAUUUGUACAAUACUUUUUGGGGACAGGGAUAUAUAAAAAUCUCAUACUUCAAUGGCAAAUGUACUAAAAUUACUUUACCUGUAAACAUGUCUUGUUUCUUUACUACUUAUAUGCAUAAAGGUGUUUAUUUAGCUCAUUGAAGGUAAUUCAGAUUGGUCAGUGAUUACUUUUAAUAACGUGUACUUUCUGUGUAAGAAAUAAACAGGAUAGCUAAUUCAUGAAAUGCUUUUGGAAAGUUAUAACCAAUAAACAGUAGAGACAGAGUUAUGGGCGUCCGCAGGGAAGGGAGGGGCAAAGGGGCACCCCCCUCCUGCAAAAUGUGAAACAUAAUUCUUUCUUUAUUCAUUCAGCAUAUGUAUAUGAACUUUUUAUUCACUUCACAAUUUCACACUACAUUGCCCACCCCCCUGAAAAAAUUUCUGUGGACGCCCAUAGAGAGAGUAAUAGGAAUAAAGUAUAUGUGAGCUUAUGUGAUUUUUCGAAAUUGCAACUAAUAAACAGUAGAAGUAAUAAGAAAAUUAUGUACUGAAUUGAAUUUUGGAAACUAUAGCUAAAUCAACACUAUAGAGAAAAAUAGGGGAAAUGCAUGUGAGCCGAAAUUAUUGUGCUAAAUUAAUAAAUUUAUUUAUAGUUACAAAAAGUGACUUAAACAGAACAAAAGUGUUUUUAUUGCCAUUAUAAGUACUAUUUGAAUAAUAUUAGUUUAGAGUAAAAAUAUGUCUUUUAAUGCUUUUAGCCCAACGAACUUGCCCCCACAUGUAAUAUUUAGAAACUAGACACUUACCCCGGUCCCAAGUUCCCCGAGAAGUUUUUCCUUACCAUGCUUUACUAAA